AUGGCCUUGGGCACCAAGGAGGUUCUGCAGGACAGCGGCUCUGCCAUGACGGCCGGCAUGAGCCAGAUGCAGCAGGCAGGGCGGCGGGAGGCAGUGGCAGAUGGCUGGUGCCCCAUCUGCCUAGACAACAUGGACAACGCAGCCUACAUUGACGUCUGCUUUCACGCCUUCUGCUUUGACUGCAUCCGGCAGUGGGCCGCCAUGAGAGCUGCGUGCCCACUCUGCAGGUGGCCUUUCAACCGCAUCCUGCACACGGUGAGGGCGGACAACAACUACCAGGAAUACAUGGUUGGCUCGUCCACCUGCUGGCAGAGGACUGCGGCCAGGCAGAGGGUGCGCAGCAGAUCCCCGCAGCGGCGCUACCACCUGCGCCCAAGGCCCAACAACAACGAGCCUGCCGCUGGGAGAAGGGGGCCUGUGGGGAGGGACCGAGCAGCAUGGGGGGACGCAGCUCCAAGGACCUCCGACGCCUCCACCCGACAGGCUGCAGGGGAGCGCCCGGCCAGCCCUGCCGAUGGAUCUGUUCUCCGCUUCGACGUGCUGGCGCUGCAAGCUCAGAUUAUUGGCUCUGUGGACAUUGAAUAA